UCUACUUGUUUACUUAUCUAUAAAUUUCUAAUAAAAGUUUUUUUUUUUACAUAUUUUUGCAGUUGCUCAUGAAAACCAAACGCUUUCCAGCAAAGUCGGGAUUCACGUGACAUGCACAUUUGGCUAUUCAAAAACAAACAAAUCAUGCAAAAGUCUUAACUAAAAACUGUGUUUUUGGCAAGAAACGAGAAAAACGUGCGCUGGCGCACAUUCCAUUACCACAAAUCACCCAAUAUGCGCCUCAAGUCAUUUAACCUAAAAACAGUCAAAUAAAGUGAAAAUUCCAAAUAAAUAGAAAUAAAUAAGUGAGAAAAAUAGAAAUUAAUAAAAACGCAUAUAAGUGAAAUUAGCCAAAAUAUUUAAUAAUAUAGCAAAUAAAGUAAAUAAAGUAAAUAAAGAAAAUUCAAAUAAUUCAAUUAAAAUUUAUGUAAAAUCAGUCUUGAAGUCACCAAACAUGUAUCGGUCGAAUUUCUACGAAUCCACCUGCCUGCGAUGCAAUGAAACAGUAUACCAAGUUGAUAGAGUGGGUCCACUUAAAGAUUUCACAUUCUUCCAUUCGGGUUGCUUCAAAUGCAUACACUGUGGAACAAAAUUAACCUUAAAAACAUAUUUCAACAAUCAACAUAAGCAGGAUGACAAAGAGGUCUAUUGCAGUUCACAUGUACCAAAGAGCGGACCAGGUCACCUAGAUCAAACAUCUGUGGGCAUAAGACAAGCCUUGAAUGCGCCGCGCACCAACAAAUAUGUUAACGAACAAAUCCGCGGUACACGCAGCGAAGUCGACGGUCCUUUGGGCUCACGUCAGUCUACGCCAAAUGGUUAUGGCAGCCGAGAAGUCAGUUCGCCUUCGCAGAAUGAUUCAGACUACAAAUAUGGUCGUUUCGAUGCCAGCGCCCUGCACAUUGCACAUGCACUCAAGCAAACUGAGAUACAAAAAGCGUAUAACAAAAUGCGUGAAAAACCAAUCGAUUUCUAUUUGGUAAGCACAGACAAUAUGUAG